AUAGCUAAGUUUGACAUUGAAUUUUUCUUUUUUGCCAACAUGGAAUAAGUUUACGCUAUCGUUUGAUAAAAGGAACGUCUAAAGAAUUCCAGUGAAUGUGACUGUUCCUGAAGAAAUUUUGUAAAUAUAGCUGUAUGGAAAUAAUUUUAGAACAUGACAAACCGAUCCUACGGAUAUUCCCGGUUGAUAAGCUAUGAAGAAAAGGCGGCCAGUCGAAAAGAUUCAAGUACUGAUGAUGACAAUGAUUCCCUCUCCGGUACCAAGUUACGAAGACUAACUACUAUUGACAAAAAAAAAGAACGUUGGCCUGGUUCAGCUUCCCAUUUAUCUCUUUCCAGUCCUUCUGAUGUUCAACGGGAAUAUAGAGAACAUCUAAUCAAACCAAAGGAGACAUUGCAAGGGUUAGCCCUUCACUAUCGGUGCACAGUGUUUGAGUUGAAGCUUGCAAAUAACAUUCAGAAGGAAACAGAAUUCUUUGCCAGAAGAACCAUAAAAAUUCCAGUUCGUCAGCACUCUUCAUUGACAGAAAAACUUCCCAAUGAUAAAGCAAGCCUUCUUUCAUUUGGAGAUGACAAAUCUGGUAAUUUCACACCUUCCAAUUCACUAGAAUUCUUGAAACAAGUGGACCAAGAUCUUCAACGGUUGAAAGAAAAAGCAAGAGUAUAUGACAUUGACAGUAACGAUCCUGCAACCUCUACGUUCAUCCCUGAUUCCGAACGCCUGCGGCGGACUGUUCGUCCAAACAGAACUGACUGCCAAGGUGACGACUGUGGACUUUCUUGGUCACAUAUCCUUGGUAUGGCACUGUUGGUGCUUCUAGCCUGCCCUCUGUUAUAUUUCCUUUAUUUGGAGUUGAAUCUGCAUAAAUCGACGAGAGCUUCUACUCACGAGGAGACGGUCGCUUCACUGAAUGUCUCUAAUGCCUUAUGAUGUGCCUGACUUGUCCAGAUUAUGUGUUUACUAUUCUGUACAUGAACUGUAUUGAUAAUUGUUACAGAACGAUACAUUUUAAUUCCAUGUG